UCGCACCUCAACCUGAUACGCGACGAUAUGUACGAUUUCGUUAUGACCAAGUCAAUAUCCUGGCUUUGUGCAUCCGCGGUCUUUAUAUUCUGAAUCUUACGGCAGACGCUGGUCUAUUGAUUCCGCACGUUGUGCAGCGCCGAUAUCAAGAAGUGAUUUUUGUUUAAAAACGAAGCGACGGCAGAUGGCAAAAGCGACCCUUGGAGCAAUAUGGAUGGCGGUGUGGGUGGCAGCCGCGAUCGCAGCCUCCCUCAGAGAUGUAUCUGUCGUAUUACCUGGGCGUGAAUUUUUCAAGGGGCUGCCUGAAGAUGAACAACCGGACUUUCUAACUUUUGAACUAAGCCGCGGAUACACGGAAAAAUUUAUGGAAAAGAAAGGAAACAUGUUAUUCCGCGAUGAGGAAUUGGUGAUAAACUUUCCGGAGGACCUCGGCAUUCCGGAUGGACUAGUACAAAAGUUUGAGGCUCUGGAGGUGCCGCAAAAUUUCACGGAAAAUUUGUACGACCUGGUUAAAACGGAGUUCAAUCUUGACGAGCCGAGCAUCCGUACUUUGAUUCUGUCCCGUAGUGUGUGUUUGGUGAACGGGGUAUGCAUCGAUCUCGACGACAUAGGUUCGUUGUGUUGUCCAUUUUGAUUUUGAUUAAUUAAUCCUGAUCCUUGAAGUCGUUGUACGAAGUUUUCUUUAGAACCUCCGUGACUACUUAUAAUACAUAGAGUACUUAUUAUAUAUAUAUAUGAUUACGUUUUCUCGUUGGAUCAAUGCAUUCCACCGCAAAAACGACGCUUCUAAUGGGAUCCAACAUGCCGGCGUGCCUGACUAACAUACGGCAAUAAUAAAUAGGUGACGAUAUUAUAUUUUCAUGAUCAAAUGUCUUGAUCGUAUUCUGUCAAAUCAAGUUAAUACAAGGUAGAAAAUCCAAAGAACAUCUCUAAUUUUAUCAUUGAAUAAGAUUUUUUCACAACAAUAUAUGUGCUGCUAUCAGAAGUCAUAUUCUCAUAUGUUGGAUCCCAAUACUUAGUUCGUAAAAUUGAUCAAAUAUAUUAUUAUGUAUAAUUUAAGAUGAAAUUAUUUCACAGUAUAAGAAUGAUUUAUGAGCUAGAGUUUACGCUUGUACUGGAAUUAAAUGCCUUUAAUGAAAAUUAAAUCAAUCAUCUGAACAAUAAACGAUAUUAUAUUUAUACGUAUACAUACCUCGUUUUAUAAAUAUAUACUUUUCCGUAUUACGCGACCGGGAUAAAUUAAAAUGAUAAUAGAUCUGGAAAAAAAACGAAGGCAAUACGGUUGCCUGUUUUUUAAGUUCCUUCACCAUUCACCAUUCACAAUUCUUUUACUUUUUGAUAUACAGGAAACAUUGUAUCUAUAUUUGCGCUAAAAUAUUAUCCCAUCGGUUUCCUAGUCGUUUAUUGAAUCAGUCUUCAACAAUGUCAAUUAUAUACUACGUGGUUCGUAUUUACGUAUGUACGCAUGUGAA